UAGUUUUCGUAACCGAACUCGCACACCACACAUUGCGAAUUUGCGGGUCUUUAAAUUUCGACAGUUCGUAAAAGCAAAUUUUGAGGUUUAAAUUGCACACAUACGCGAGGAAGGCAGUGCUGCUGUGACGAUAUAAAGAUUUUUAAGUGGUGCUGGAAACCACGGCGGGAAUCGGCAUUGCGAUCGUGUCUGUCAGGAAUCCACGUGUAUCUUGCAUUUUACGCAGUUAAUUCGGCUUACCAAUCAAGAUGUCGAAGCGGAGACCGACCUCGGAGCUCAACCAUGACAACUGGGACCAGGAGGACGAAGAGAAGGAAACGGCCGGCGAGUUCAAACAGGCGAGCAGCGAAGUGUUACAGGCUCGGAAGGUGCUGUCCGCUAAGAGAAAAUCAGCGGCUAGCUCUGGUGAAAACGCACAGAAAACGCCGUUCGCAGCGUUCACAGGCUUCUCGAGCAGUACGCCGGCGGCCAAACCCAAUUUCAGUUUUUUGAACUCGACGCCGGCCAACAAGACGAACGGACAGCAGCAGCAGGAGAAGAAGCAGGCCGCUUCGGCCGACGACUAUUACCACCAGUUGAAAAGCCUGAACGUGUCGGUGUCUUCAUGGAUAUCCAAGCAUGUCCAGAGCAAUCCCUAUUGCAUACUGACGCCUGUCUUCCGCGACUAUGAAAAGCACCUUGCUAAUAUAGAGAAGAAAAAGCCGCUUUUGCCAGCUGAGAGUGAAACUGCAGACUCAUCAAGUGUAACGGAAGGCGAGAGCACUCAGGAGCUGAAAACAGAUGCCGCUGAAGUAAAAAAGGACGAGCCUGCAACUCCUGCGGCGGCGCCUGAGGCUCCUCCGGACAAGGAAGAACUGAAGGUGGAGGAGAAAAAGGUGACCGAGGAGAAGCCGGAGGUUGCUGCUGGUGUCAAUAUUUUCGGCUCGAUGGGCAAGGCCUCGACAUUCUCCUUUGGCUCUGCAAAGCCCUCCACUGCGGCACAGCCCAAUUCCUUUGUGUUUGGCAUCACGAAUCCAUCGACGACUAGCCUGUUUGGCUCAAAUCCUAGCCCAUUUGGGGGCGCCUCAUUGUCAGGAACAUCGGCGUUUGGCUUCGGAAGCAAGCCGGCCAGCUCUACUUUCUCCUUUGGCAGUACAGAGCCUGCGUUUUCCUUCAGCAACAUUGCCAAGAAACCAGAGGGUGGUGAGGGGGAGAACACUGAAGAAGCAGAGGAGGCUGAGGAGCCGCCCAAGGUUGAGUUCAACACGUUCAAAGAAGAUGAUUCCAUUUUCGAUAUUAAGUGCAAAAUGUUCGUGCUGAAAGACAAGGAGUACAAGGAGCGAGGCUUGGGCCAGCUGUUCAUUAAGAGGAAGGACUCCGAGAGCAAGGCACAACUGCUGAUUCGCUCAUCAGGUGCCACCGGGCAGAUUCUGCUCAACGUGCUGCUGAACUCGAGCCUCGAUCCUAAGAGGGUGGGAAAGAACAACGUUCAGAUGGCGUGCAUCGCGCUGCCCACUGACAAGGAGCCGAGCGUUGUGAUGAUUCGUGUCAAGACUGGGGAAGAUGCUGACAGUUUGCUGCAGAAGAUCAAGGAUAACCAGAUGUAAAACCACUAUGCACCGACCAUAGACGAGAGAAGGAUAAAAUGGGAAGAAAUCGCGUUUUUAUUGACGUUGUCCGACAAAUUCAGGCAGGAAUCUGAUCGACUUUGUAUUUUCCGUUUUUCUGUUACGUGUAAGCUUCUAAAGAAACCUUUAUGAAGCUAUACGGAAUUCCUGUGCAUAAUUAUGAAAUAUUUGAGAAGAAUAAAGGAUAUAUUCGGCUACAAGGAGUCAAAC